AUGCCGGACGUCAAGCGUUCCAUCAAAAUCAUUACCGAGCAAAAGGUCAUUCCUGGUGCGGACAGUGGAGUUGAAGGCUUCCCCCUUCGUCACUGGUCUAUGAAAAUCGUUCUUCUACAUGCAGAUACAAAGCAAGAGAUCGACGCAGACGUCUUUGAUUCCGUCACAUACAAUCUCCAUGAGUCUUUCGGUCCCAAGGCAAAGCAGAUCUUAAAGAAACCCCCAUUCCGUGUGGCAGAGGAUGGUUGGGGUGAAUUUGAGUUGUCACUGGAAUUGAAGGACUUGUCCGGCAAAAUCCAUACCAUCGUCCACGAUCUCAACUUUCAGACCGCAAGAUAUGAGACAAAGCAAAUCAUCAACUUCAAGAAUCCCAAAGGUUCUCUUCUUGAGGCCCUGCGUAACUCAGGUCCCAUUCCAGGUGAAGCUGCAACCAACGGUGCUGACGUGAGUACCAAGAAGAGGGCUAGUGAGGUCGGUACUGGUGGCACUCAAAAGAAGAAGAAAGGUAGUGACGGCAAAGCUAUUGACAUGGACAAGUUGGCAGAAGGGCUGCAGAAGCUCGGCGAGGAUGACCUCCUGCAAGUUGUUCAGAUGGUUCACGACAACAAGAGUGAAGAGUCCUGGAUGCGUAACGAUGUUGAGCAAGGUGAAUUCCACGUUGAUCUCUACACUCUUCCAGAAAAUCUUAUCAAGAUGCUCUGGGAUUUCACUGCCGAGAAGAACGCCAUUUCCGCUUCAGCAUGA